AGUAGCGGAAGAGUAUUUAAAGUUGGAAGAAGAAAGCAUGGGAUAGUGGAGAAUGCGAAGAUUGGAUUUAGAAAGAGGAAAUGGCGAAAUCGGGGAAUAAGAAUAUGGGAUCAACGUCUGUGUCUGUGUCUGCGUCGGCCAAAGUUCACCCUUCCAAUGAUCCUGAACUGGAUCCCGACUCUUACGCCCUUGAGAAGUUCAGACUCUACGAAACCAGAGCGAGGUUUUACCUGAUAGGGAGUGAUCGAAACAAGAGGUUCUUCCGGGUGUUGAAAAUCGAUCGAUCAGAGCCGUCCGAUCUGAAUAUCAGCCAAGACCCUGUGCUGUAUUCGCCCCAGGAAAUCAAGAGCUUGCUUCAGCGGAUUGCUGAAGGUAACAGGGCCACUGGUGGCCUCACUUUCGUCGCUAAAGUUUUCGGAAUUGCCGGUUGCAUCAAGUUUCUCGAGUCCUACUAUUUGAUUCUCGUUACUAAGCGCAGACAAAUUGGUUCUAUCUGUGGCCACGCAAUCUAUAGCAUCAAGGAGAGCCAAUUGAUAACCGUUCCACAUGUUUCUAUUCAAUCUGAUUUAGCUCACUCUAAGACUGAGCUCAGGUACAAAAAGCUUUUGUCUAGUGUCGAUUUGACCAAGGAUUUUUUCUUUAGUUACACUUACCCUAUAAUGCAAAGUUUGCAAAAGAAUGUCUCGCCCUGUCAAGACGGAGGAGGGAUGUCAUAUGAUAAUAUAUUUGUUUGGAAUGCGUAUUUGACGCAAACAAUCAGAUCAAGAUGCAAUAACACCAUUUGGACCAUAGCUUUAGUUCAUGGUCAUUUUAGGCAGAUUCGUCUAUCAAUUUUUGGGAGGGACUUCAGUGUUUCCUUGAUUUCUAGACGAUCAAGACAUUUUGCAGGAACACGGGAAGGAUUGAAGGAGGAGGAGCUAAAAACCAGUUACUUGAAAAGGGGAGUGAAUGAUCGGGGGAGGGUUGCUAAUGAUGUUGAGACAGAGCAGAUUGUCCUUGAUGAAGAAGCUGGCUCUUGCAAGGGCAAAAUGAGUUCAGUUGUGCAAAUGCGUGGAUCAAUACCACUUUUCUGGUCACAAGAAGCAUCAAGAUUUAGCCCUAAGCCUGACAUAAUUUUGCAGAGGUAUGAUCCAACAUACCAAGCAACAAAAUUGCAUUUUGAAGACCUUGCUAAGAGAUAUGGCAAUCCAAUUAUUGUUCUUAAUUUGAUUAAGACAGUUGAGAAACGACCUCGAGAAAUGAUGCUUAGGCGUGAAUUUGCAAGCGCUGUUGGGUAUCUAAACCAAAUUCUACCAGUCGAGAACCAUCUUACAUUUAUUCAAUGGGACUUUCACAAGUUUGCAAAGAGCAAGUCUGCCAAUGUUUUGGCAGUUUUAGGAGCUGUAGCAAGUGAAGCGCUUGAUUUAACUGGUUUUUACUACAGUGGUAAACCCAGUAUCAUAAAGAGGGCCAACAAGAGCAAUCGAACGAGUACAGGGAGGGAUACUUCACUAAGAGAUCUGAGAGCUAGUUCUGGAGAUCUGAGGAUUGGGAACAGUAAUGAAAUGCUAAAUUCUGUGGUUAAUCGAGACAGAGAGACUGACAUGAACCAUCAGAAUACAAAAGAUAAUUUUAGUAGUGAUGCACCACAUUUUCAAAGUGGAGUUCUCCGUACCAACUGCAUUGACUGCUUGGACCGUACAAAUGUUGCCCAGUAUGCAUAUGGUCUUCAAGCUUUAGGGCGCCAGCUCCAUGCAAUGGGUUUGACUGACAUGCCAAAAGUGGAUCCUUAUAGUAGUAUUGCUGCAGCUCUAAUGGACAUGUAUCAAAGUAUGGGAGAUGCUCUUGCCCAGCAGUAUGGUGGUUCUGCAGCUCACAAUACUGUAUUUCCAGAGAGGCAGGGAAAGUGGAAAGCAACAACACAAUCAAGAGAGUUUUUAAAAUCCAUAAAACGAUACUAUAGCAAUGCUUACACAGAUGGUGAAAAACAAGAUGCAAUAAACUUAUUUUUAGGUUACUUCCAACCACAGGAAGGGAAACCUGCUCUCUGGGAGUUGGAUUCAGAUUAUUAUCUCCAUGUUUCUGGGAUUGGGGAUGAUCUAAUUCCUGAGAGGUGUUCUGAACCAAAUCUCAAGCCUUCUGGAAGAGGUGGAACAGUAUUCACCCCUAUACCAGCUUGCAGAGAAGACUUCUCACGCAUAAAGUUGACAUCAUUUGACAAAUUAAUUGAAAAAACCUGUAGUACAAUUAAAAAUGUAAGACUAUGCUGUGAACCUGAUCAAAGACCAGGUGGGGGUUCUGGAAACAGUGGUGUAGCACCUGAUGCAGCUGAGAUACAGCUCAAAAGCCCAAAUUGGCUUUUCGGCCAGAGAAAGUAUGAAGAGGGUUCCUCUGCUUCAAAAGUUGCUUCUCGUGAAACUGAUGUUGAAGGAUCUCAUGCUAAUGGCUUUUGUGACUUGAAUUGGCUAUCCUCGGGCAAUGAUAUGAAUGAAGAGGACGUUUUCCAAAGGUACCUUACAAUGACCUCAACAAACGAGGCCAACGGUUGGUAUGGAGGUAGUCUCCUUGGUGAUCAAGAUGAAAGCAGUGAGAUAUAUAAACAUUACGCCGAGUUAUGCCAGGGACCUGCCUUGGAACUUUUCCAAAAUGACCCCGAGAGGGAGCAACACUACGCAGGUGCUUUAAGCACAAGUUCAUAUGAAAUUGUUAAUGAUGCUACUGUUGCAGCCGAAAUGGAAGCAGCUCUAAAGGAGUAUGACCAAGUCGGUUCUGACCUCGGGAUCAUUCCCAUGUCUUGUAAAUUCUUUGCUGAUGAUCCCAGCUGGCUGACGAGAUGGUUAACUGGGGAAGAAAAAGUACCUAGGUUAUGAUGGGUCAUUGUUUUGGCAUGUAUAAUUUGAACAUAUAUUUCUGUACAAUUUUAACUCGUUGAUUCGUAUACAAAAGUCAUUGUCAAUAUUCAUAUCAAUCGUCGGGCUUUAGAUUUUUUUUUUUUUGUAUAUUUAAUUUAAGUACAUUUUGUUCUCUAUAGUUUGUCCUAAUUAGUUCCCAAACUAGAAGUGUAAUUUUUGGUCUUAUAGUUUCACAGGUUUAGGUUUUGUUUCCUAUAAUUUUCA